AUGGCGAAAGCUGUCGCUGAUACAGCAAGCCCGGCUGAAAAUGCCGCUGGCUUUGUGACUGACGACAAUCUUGUCAUUGGCUUCUCGCACAUGCAUGAUUCUGGAACCGGAGGGAACCCAUCCCUGGGAAACUUCCCCCUUUUCUUUCACCCCGGUUGUCUCGACGACGACUUCACCAAGUGCGAGUACUCUGUCAUGACCAGAGGCGUGCCUCGGGUUCCCGGUUCAACUCUCGCCAGUGCUGGCUUCUUUGGUAUCAACCUAACCAACUCGGUUCGCGCCGAGAUGACCGUCACGGCACACACAGCACUCUAUCGCUUCUCGUUUCCUGGGACCAGCACGGUCGAGGUCGGGAUGACAGAGGAAGAUAAGCUCAAGCCAGGCGUUCCUUAUAGUCCGCUUGUGGUGGUAGAUCUGGUCGACCUCGCAAAUAGUCGUAAUGCUGGCGGCAUCCAAGUAUAUCCAGAGUCGGCGCGUGUCAUCGGCGAAGGCCAAUACAACCCGUCUUUUGGCUAUGGUCGCUACCAAGCCUUUUUCUGUGCCGACUUCAAAGGCGCCGAGAUCCGGCGCUCCGGCACUUUCAUCUCGAACAACGCCACCGAGGAGCCAAAGUUCCUUGACAGCGUGGGCGCGGGCUAUUACAUCCCGACUGGGUCUGCUGGCGUUUGGAUCCAGUUCGACAAACCCACCACAGACUCCAUACUAGCCCGGGUGGGAGUCUCGUUCAUCUCUGCUGAGAAGGCUUGUGAAAAUGCCGAGGCCGAGAUUCCCAACUUCGAGUUUGAAAGAGUAGAAAGCGAUGCCCAGGAGGCGUGGGCAGAAAAGAUGUCGGCGAUCCAAGUCGAUGCGACCGGAGUGAGCGAGGAGCUCCAAACCACUUUUUGGUCUGGCCUGUACCGCACUAUGCUAUCCCCCCAGAACUACACGGGAGAGAAUUACUUAUGGAAUUCGACCGAACCGUACUUUGACUCUUUUUAUUGCAUAUGGGAUUCGUUCCGUGCACAACACCCCCUGCUAACCAUCAUCGAUCCUGCUGCUCAAGCGCAGAUGGUACGUGCCCUUAUCAACAUUUACGAACACGAAGGAAAACUUCCUGACUGUCGGAUGAGCUUCUGCAAGGGCUAUACUCAAGGGGGGUCGAACGCAGACGUAGUGAUUGCCGACGCCUUUAUCAAGAAUCUGACUGAAGGCAUCAACUGGGAUAAAGCCUAUGAAGCGGUUGUUUCCGAUGCAGAAGUCGAGCCAAAGAACUGGGGCCUCGAAGGCCGCGGCAAUCUCGUCAGCUGGCAUGAGCUUGGGUGGAUUCCUUGGAACGACGAGGAUAAAAAUGGGACUGGGCCGACGAGCCGUACCGUUAGCCGGGGCGUCGAGUAUGCCUUUGACGACUUCUGCAUCUCGCGCAUGGCCGAGGGCCUGGGCCACGAAGCGGAUGCCCAGAAGUAUUACCAGCGUGGAGGCAACUGGAAAAACUACUGGAAUUCCGAACAGCGUGACAAGUACCGGGACACGUCGGGCACGGUGGUGAGCACCCAGUUCACCGGCUUUAUGCAGCCGCGUAUGAUCAAUGGCACAUUUCGGUACCAAAACACUCGUACCUGCAGUCCCAUCCAAAACCAGCACAGCUGCUACUACGACACGGGCUUUGACACGUACGAGGGAAGCCCAUGGCUGUAUAGCUUCUUUGUGCCGCAAGACAUGGCGGGCUUGAUCGGUCUCAUGGGAGGCCCCGAGAGCUUCGUCGAACGCCUAACCUUCUUCCACAAGAGCGGCAUCUCUUACAUGGGGAACGAGCAAGGCUUCUUGCCCACUUUCCAGUUCCACUAUGGCGGGCGCCCCGGGCUCAGCAGUUUUUGGACGCAUCACUAUAUUCCAGACCUGUUCAACGCCAGUGUCAACGGGAUCCCGGGCAACGACGACUGCGCAAUGGGCGCCUUCACGGCAUUUUCCUUCAUGGGCUUCUUCCCCGUCGCCGGCAUGGACGUCUACCUCUUGACGCCGCCGUUCUUUCCCGAAGUCCGCCUCCGCGUCCCACCGCCGCCGCCAGGUUCCAAUGGCAAGCAGCAGCACGAGUGGGCCGUCAUCCGCGUCAAGAACUUCGAUCCGGAGCAAAAGGCCAUCUACAUCCAGAGCGCCACGCUCAACGGCAAAACGCACACGCGGAACUGGAUCACGCACGACUUCUUUCUCAAGGGCGGCGUCCUAGAGUUCACCGUCGGCAAGACCGAAGGGAGCUGGGGCACAGCCGAACAGGACCGCCCGCCGAGCUAUCCGACAGUCGACAUGCCCGUAACCACACACCCGGGGGAAAGUAUGGCGGACCACGAACCCGAGGGUCACACCGAGGUUAAACCCGAGAGCAAAUAA